CUUCUUUUCGUUUUGGCUCAUGCGCUGGAUCGGGGUUGCGCAGGUGCAGCUCUCGAGCGAGGGGGGGGGAUCUGAGACGCUGGUAGGCCGGGGAGGAGAUUGUGAGCCCGUUUGUGGGGCCACCGGCAGCUAUGGCUUGCAUGGCUGCUGCAGUUUCCAAUGGCGUCCGGUUGAGUCCCGUCGCGUCGCCUCGUGGGGUUGCGCCGAGAGGUGUUUCUUGCUCCGCCAGGUCUUUGGGUGUGAGGGGCGCCUUUGGGUUGCGGAGCAGGGGCGGAAUCAGGUCUCUGGGUUUGGCAGCGUCGAGCUCCGAGAGCGGGUUCCUUGUGGGCGAUGGGUUGCUGAAGGGCAUCGCGGCCUUGCCGGCGUUGCGGAAGAGCGAUGGCGAGGCGAGGUUGGGAGUGCGAGCGGAUGCGGGCGCGGGCGUGGUGCCCGCAGCCACCCCUGCGCCCAAGAAGGAGGAGCCGUGGAUGGGCGCAUCCAUGAAGCCCCUGAUAGCGUCCAUCGCGGUGGGCGUGUUGGUGUGGUUCAUUCCGACGCCCGUGGGCGUGACGAAGAACGCAUGGCAGCUGCUGUCGAUUUUUUUGGCGACGGUGGUGGGGAUCAUCACGCAGCCAUUGCCGUUGGGUGCGGUGGCGCUGAUGGGACUGGGCGCAUCGGUGUUGACGAAGACGCUGACGUUCGCGGCAGCAUUCAGCGCGUUCGGGGAUCCCAUCCCGUGGCUGAUCGCGUUGGCGUUCUUUUUCGCGAAGGGGUUCAUCAAGACGGGGCUGGGUAACCGGGUGGCUUACCAGUUCGUGAAGCUGUUCGGGAAGACGACGCUGGGGCUGGGGUACAGUUUGGUGUUCGCGGAGGCGCUGCUGUCGCCGGCGAUUCCAUCGGUGUCGGCUCGGUCGGGGGGGAUAUUUCUGCCGCUGGUGAAGGCGCUGUGCCUGGCGUGCGGGAGCAAGGUCGGGGAUGGGACGGAGAGGAAGCUGGGAUCUUGGCUGAUGCUGACGUGCUUCCAGACGUCGGUGAUCACGUCGGCGAUGUUUUUGACGGCGAUGGCUGCGAACCCGCUGAGCGUGAACCUGGCGACGGGGGCGAUCGGGCAGACGAUCAGCUGGACGGAUUGGGCGGUGGCAGCGUCGGUGCCGGGACUGGUGUCGCUGCUGGUGAUCCCAGCGCUGUUGUACGUGGUGUACCCACCGGAGGUGAAGAGCAGCCCGGACGCGCCGAAGCUGGCGGCGGAGAAUCUGGAGAAGAUGGGGCCGAUGUCGAAGAACGAGAAGAUAAUGUCAGUGACGCUGAUCGCGACGGUAAGAGGAGUGGGGGGUUACAUCGGGAGUAGUGUGGCGGGGGGUGUAGAGGAGGAGAAAGUGGGCGAGGGACGGUGGCAGGGUGGAAGAAUAAGCGGUGAGGAGAUUGGGUUGUGCGGGAGGGCUGAUGAGGUGUUUGGGUGGGUGCAGGUUGUGGGAGGGCUGGGGCUUGCUUGGCAAGCGUCGUUCGGGAUCCUGGUGCUGCUGUACUUCUACUCGCACUACUUUUUCGCGAGUGGUGCGGCUCACAUCGGAGCGAUGUUCACAGCAUUUUUGUCAGUGGGGACGGCGCUGGGGACGCCACCUCUGUUUGGGGCGCUGGUGCUGGCGUUUUUGUCGAAUCUGAUGGGGGGACUGACGCACUACGGAAUCGGGUCAGCUCCGGUGUUUUACGGGGCGGGUUACGUGCCGCUGUCACAAUGGUGGGGGUACGGGUUUUUGUGCAGCGUGGUGAACCUUGUGAUCUGGCUGGGAGUGGGAGGAGUGUGGUGGAAGUUUUUGGGCCUCCUGUAGGUUGAUUGGUAUGUGUCGAAGUUUAGAAUCGGUCUUUAGUGAUGAAUGGAUCACAUGUCGCUGAGUUUUUUUUUUUUCUUUUAUAGAUUGACUGAUUUUUGAAAGAGAAGUUUACGUUUUCGUUUUAUGUUUUAGUUGAUGUUGUCCGUCACAACUAAGGAUUGGAAUGUGGGAAAGGUGGUCUUAGUUUCUGUGGUCACCGGUUUUACGCGAUGGGGUGAUUAGACUUGGUGUGCCGUCGUUCCUUGCGCUUUUUCUUUGUUGUUUUUCUCCAGUCCUUUGAUUUUGGGAUUGAGUUUUGGAAGCUGCCUGGUUGAUAGAAAAUUUUCAGCUUGUAUGUUUACCCUAUUCGGCUGCGGGUUUUUCUUACGGUCUUGGUCGAUUUUUGCAUUUUUGAUCGGUUAUGUGACUAUGGUCGUUAAAGUCUAACUGCGUGAUGAGAAUUUGUGUAAUCGUGAUGUAGAAUGGUGCUUCCACAUGAAUUUUCGUGUUGGGAAUAAUUGUGGGUGGUGUUCGUAGUUUUUUCGGAAUUGCGAGGUAUCUUGAUGUUCCCAAAAUAUAUAGACUUGGUCAGACUGGUAAACUUGUGAGAACUAUCAGAGUUCUUUUGUUUGUUUCACUGCAUUAUUUUAGAGUUUUAGAAAUUGCACGAUGUUUUACGUUGGGGAUGUAUUUGUUACAUUCCUCAAUUUUUUUUUAUUAAGUUGUUAUGAACAGGAGAACAUUUAACUUUUGAAUAUUAUCCAGGAUAUUUUAAAUGACUUUCAACCAAUAUUGACUGCUGUUGUGAUAAA